AUGUUCCUUGAGUUGUCUCAAAGUGAAACAGUUUGCAUGCAGACCCCAGAUUCCGGAAGGAUCUCUUACUCCAGGUUUAAGAGUUCCAUCAAGAAGAAGCUGACAGCCAGGGCUCCUGUGGCAAGUAGCCCUGUUGUCACAAGAUGGCAGCAGCUGCACAUAGGAAACAGCACAGAGGAGCUACACAGGGCCUCUCAGAUGACAGUGCUUAGUGCAUCUGGGGUGCCUCAGCUCAUCAAUGCACCUGGGAAGACUCCAGUGUCAUCUCAGGUGCCUAACAAACUCUCUGUCAAGAAAAAAGUUGUGACUGUAGCUAGCAGUCACAAUGUAGCAGACUUAGAAGGGAGAAACGACAGCAGAACUGAAAUGGGGAAAAGGCAGCUUCUGAUGGUCCAAGAGGUUGGAUUUAACCUUGCAGAAAGUGGUGGCAUGAAGGUCUGUGAAAAUAUUAGUUGUGUUUGGAAAGAAUGCCAAAAGGGGAGACGGAAUGACUUUAGAGCUGUUACCACCAUGAACCUUUUUGUACCAUUGGAGCCAGAAGUGAGGCUUCAUGUGUCUGGCUUACGCAAUGAUUACUAUCUAAACAUACUGGACUGGAACCACAAAAAUCUCAUUGCUAUUGCGCUAGGACCUGCAGCACACAUCUGGAAUGGAAGAACACUCCAAGGCAUUGAAAGCAUUGAUUUGAAUUCCAGUUCCAAAUACAUUUCCUCUCUGGCUUGGAUAAAAGAGGGAACUUGCCUUGCAAUUGGCACCAGCGAUGGAGAAGUGCAACUGUGGGACAUUGAAACAAAAAAGAGAUUGAGAAAUAUGUUUGGUCAUCUGUCUGUAGUUGGAGCUCUGAGCUGGAAUCAUUACAUUCUAAGCAGUGGUUCAAGAUUAGGAUUUAUUCAUCACCACGAUGUUCGGGUUGCUCAGCACCAUGUUGGGACUCUUUGCCAAAACAAACAAAGCAUUUGCAGCCUAAAAUGGUCAUUAACCAACCAGUUUCUGGCAAGUGGGUCUAGUGAUGGAAUAUUGAAUAUUUGGCCUAGUGACCCGGGUGUGAAAGUGCAGUCACAGCCACUGAAAACCAUGCCUCAUUCCUCAGCAGUCAAGGCUAUGAACUGGUGUCCUUGGCAGUCCGAAAUCCUUGCUACAGGGGGUGGAAUGAAAGAUGGGAUUUUGCGUGUCUGGGACAUAAAUUGUGAGAAAAUCAUCCAAAGUGCAGCUACGGAUUCUCAGAUUUGUUCCUUGCUUUGGUUACCCAAAACCAGUGAACUGAUGACUGGACAAGGCCUUCCUGGAAAUCAGAUGAUAAUAUGGAAGUAUCCUAUGCUUAUCAAUUCAUCAGAACUCUAUGGUCACAAAGGGAGAGUGCUGCAUGUAGCCCUGAGCCCAGAUGAGAGCAGACUCUUUUCUGUGGCAGCUGAUGGGACAGCUUGUGUGUGGAAAUGCCAUGAGCCUGAGGAGAGCAGAUGCACUAGCAAACCGUUUUCUAAUGGUUAUCUGAGCUCAUUCUUGUGA